UGGAAAAUGAGGUAAAUCAUCAAUCAGGAUCAAUCAAUGGAGAUUCAAACUACAGGAAAACAAACGUGAAAGAGACAUUGAAAAAGGGUGGUGAUUAGGGAAAUGGUUUAUGGACAUUCAGCCGUGGCGCAAAUUAACUUUAUCCACAAGCAUGCAAAACAGCCUCAAACAAGGAAAGAACUCGUCACUAGUUUUCCAGGAGUCGGUAGAAAAUGGCUAGUAUUUUCUAUGGCUGGCGUGUACAUGGUUUCUCCAGACUGCACUGUGAAGGGUUGAUGCAUAUGAUUAAAGAUUACAGAUUAGAAAUUAGAUUCAUACUUAACACUGCCAAACCUACGAUGUGUCAUAUUGGUGACACUUUUGUUUACAUCCAGCUUCAUCAUAUACAGCUUCAAAGUAGUUAUGGUCACAGAACCACAAUACCUGGCCUUAAAGAUUCCUUAUCUACACAGAGAAAGUAAUAUCUCAAACAGAGGAACAGGGACGACGUUAACUUGUACAAACUAUUCAGAUAAGUGUGUAACAUUUGGAAGUGCUAUUUCUGUGGAUAAAAAACGUUAUCUAUGUCCAAACUUUGAAGGACGGCUCGGGAAUAUAAUGUUUAUAUAUGCAUCAACGUAUGGCAUCGCGUUCGAUCAUAACUUCACAGUUGUAGUGUCUCGAAGGAAUGAAUUAUAUGAAGGAUUUGAGAAUAUACCUGUGCAAUACUUAAGCACUUGUAAUUGUUCAGACGAUGCACAAUUUAUACAGGAAAAAUUCCCAAGAAUACAUGAAAAGUUUAAUUUCUCCAUAAAACAUACUGUGUACCGUAUAAAAGGAUUUUUACAGUCUUGGAAAUAUUUUAAACGUUCUUUUGCUGAUAUCAAGCAACAAUUUGUAUUCAAGCAAUCGAUACGAACUAAAGUUAGAAAGACUUUACAAGGACUUGCUCUAAGUAUGUUUCCGAAUAAAACUGUUACAACUGUAGGAAUACAUGUUCGUCGGGGGGAUUUCGUUAGAGAACACCUUGUUGUCCCUAAGAAAGAAUACUUCGAUAGAGCAAAACAGUAUUUUCUUAAUAAAUAUCAAAAUGUUCUUUUCAUCGUUGCAACGUCACCGAUUGAAGAAGACCGAAAGUGGUGUAAAGAUCAUAUAAUGAAUGGUAAUGGAAAAGCGGUAUUUUCCGGAUUCAAUGACAGAUAUGAAGAUAUGGCAAUUUUGACUAUGACAGAUCACGUGAUUACCUCUGUCGGGACGUUUGGUUGGUGGUCGGGGUUUCUUAACAACGGAACAGUAAUAUACUACGAUUGGAUUCCUAAGGACCAUCGUAGAUUUAACAGAAAUGAUUAUGUCAUACCUUCCUGGAUUGGUUUAAAACCAAACACGUGAUCCCAGUGCUUUCUUGGACAGUUUAUAUUUUGUUGUUUUUAUGUACCGUUUGGUUUUGAGCUGAUGUCAACAGAUAUCCAGAUUUACAUAAGUGUCACGAUACUUUUUUUUGUUUCCUUUUCUGUUUUAUAAAACAUGUAGUUCGAUGUAUUGUCAAACAAAAUUUGAAUAAAACAAAGUUUAAUCCAACAGAAAUCCACUUUUGCAUAAACCAACUUUACAUCUUUCGAAAUAUGAGUUAUGUAUUCAUCCAAAAUCUCCCAUUUGGUUCCAAUUUGUCCACACAGAUCUCACCAUUGCAAAAUU